GGAGCCUUUUUCCUAGCAGGCCAGAGAAGAAAGCUCCAACACAAUGGGCAUCUGCAGAGAUGUUAAAACCCAGCCUAAGAAAGAAAAAAGGCUAGGAGGAAAUCGAGCUGCGCUUUUUGUAUUUGCUACUGAGGGACUAGAGAACAUGGCCUUCAUCACCAUUGCAGUGAGCUUAGUAACAUAUUUUUAUGGAUAUAUGAACUUCAGCUUAACAAAAUCAGCCACAACGCUCACCAACUUCUUGGGUACUGCAUUCAUGCUAACACUUGUUGGUGGAUUCAUCUGUGAUACCUAUUUGUCAAGAUUCAAGACUUGUGUGCUCUUUAUAUCCAUGGAACUACUGGGAUAUGCCCUCCUCGCAGUUCAAGCACAUUUCCCCCAUCUAAGACCCAUACCAUGCAAAGGCCAUAUGAACAAAUGUGAGGCUGCAAACUCUAGCCAAACAGCAAUCCUUUUCACUGGUUUAUACCUGGUUGCACUUGGAACCAGUGGGGUUAAGGCAGCUUUGCCAGCCUUGGGAGCUGACCAAUUCAACGAUGAAAAGAACCCUAAAGAGGUAGCUCAAUUGUCAAGCUUCUUUAACUGGUUCUUGCUUAGCCUCACCAUUGGAGCUAUACUUGGUGUGACUAUUCUGGUAUGGAUAACCACCAACCAAGGCUGGGAGUGGGGCUUUGGUAUAUGCUUUGUAGCAGUCUUAUUUUCAUUGAUAUUUGUUUGCAUGGGCAAGUCUUUGUAUCGGAAUAAUAAGCCCAUGGGAAGCCCACUACUACGGAUUCUUCAGGUUUUUGUGGCUGCCAUCCAAAACCGAAAACUUCCAAUUCCAGAAAAUACAGAGGAAUUUCAUGAGAUUCAUGACAAAGAAGCAAGAACACAGGAUGAAAUUCUGCAGAGAACAGAACAAUUUAGAUUUUUGGACCGAGCAGCAAUAAUUAGGAGCACCAAUGAUGCAACAACAUCAACCACACAAGGACCCUGGACCUUGUGCACAAUAACACAAGUUGAAGAAACAAAGAUUCUAAUCCGCAUGCUGCCAAUUAUAUUUAGCACUGUAUUCAUGAACACAUGCUUGGCUCAACUCCAAACAUUCACUAUCCAACAAAGCACAACCAUGAACCCCAAUCUCUUUGGCUUUAAAGUCCCUGGCUCUUCAAUCCCAGUAAUCCCACUCUUAUUCAUGUUCGUUCUUAUCCCAUUAUACGACCGGAUUUUUGUUCCACUGGCUAGAAAAAUCACAGGUGUUCCCACUGGAAUUCGACACCUUCAGAGAAUUGGUAUUGGGUUAGUGCUCUCAGCUGUUUCUAUGGCUGUUGCUGGAGCUGUGGAGACACACCGCAAAUCUUUGGCUUAUAAACAUAACAUGGUGGAUAGUCUUGAGCCUUUGCCUAUGAGUUUGUUUUGGCUUGGUUUCCAAUAUGCUAUAUUUGGAGCUGCAGAUAUGUUUUCCCUUGUGGGCUUGCUUGAGUUUUUCUAUGCAGAGAGUUCAACUGGUAUGAAGUCACUAAGCACAGCCAUUUCAUGGUGCUCAGUGGCGUUUGGGUACUUCUUGAGCACAGUGGUGGUGGAGGUGGUGAAUAAGGUGAGUGGUGGGUGGCUGGCUAAUAAUAACAUAAAUAGAGAUAAGCUGAACUACUUCUAUUGGUUAUUGUCAGUGUUAAGUGUGGUGAAUUUUGGGUUUUAUUUGGUGUGUGCAUCAUGGUAUAAAUACAAAAAUGUGGAAGUGAAGCAAGGUGAUGUUGAGGGCAAGGUUGAAAUGGCCAUGGCUUAAUGAUGUUAGGUCUCUUUCUGGUGGCUUCAGAUGCUUCUGGUUUGGUCAUUGUAGUACUGUUCCCUUGAGCUUAAUGAAACUCUUAUUUACCAAAAUGAGGUUCUGGCCCAUCGUGGCAGUUGUGAUGCUUUAUACAAUGG